UUCUUUUACUACAGAAAAGAGUUUAACUAAAAUCAGUUGUUAUCGUUAGUAUAAAAUAUCCCUUUUUAAAUAGUUUUUUUAUUUGUUACCCAUCAAAUUUCAGAUUGUUUGCAUACUAUGCAGGAUGGAAAACAACCUAAAAAUAUAAAUUUCAUAUAGCGACUGUGUUGGAAAUGCGUUUGUGCUCACUAAAAAAAUCAAAUUCAUCCCUGAUGCAUUGCUGAUAUAGAAACAUGAUUUUCCUUUGCCGGUUGCCAGGCAGAAUCUCUUUUUUUUAUUUUUUAUUUUUUUUAUUGGUCACUUGUUGCUACGCCAAAUGAAUACUCUUCAAACACUGAGAAAUGUUUGACCAUUUAAAUUUUUUAUUUCAAGUAAUUUUCUUAAUGAAUCACUGCUGUAGUCUGUAUUUUAUAUAUAUACAUUUGUAUUGGGUAUGAAAACUGCACCAUCUGGUAUAUCAUUCAUUAAAGAGCAGGAUAUGCGUUUUUUUUUGGGGGGGGGGGCGUUGCUGAGGUCAUGUGUGACAAAAACCAUAGUACAGGAAGUGCUGCUCAUUACAAUAUUAGAAACACAAUUUUAGUCACAGACGACCACUAGGUGACACGCUGCAAACGCCAUCUUGUUUCUUUUGCAUCAUGCUAGCCAUCUUCCAAUGCUGAGUAGUUUUGCCUUAUUGUAGUUUUAUCCCACAGUGGUUAACUUAAACAUACAAUUGCAGAAUGAGUGUGGCCAGGCAUCUCCGGCUCUGCUCUAGGUUUUCUUUCCAAAGACGUUUUUGUACCUCGCAGUGUGCGACAAUGGCAUCCCGACACGGCAACACCAAGAGGAUCCAAGGACUGGACAAGAACGUGUGGGUGGCGUUUACAUCGCUGGCGGCGGACCCUUCCGUAGUCAACCUGGGUCAAGGCUUCCCGGAUAUUUCACUGCCGCCCUACAUCAAGGAUUCGCUGGUGCAGGCGGUGUCAGUGGACAAAAUGAACCAGUACACACGAGGCUUUGGACACCCGACGUUGGUGAAGGCGCUCUCUCAGGUUUACGGCAAAGUGUGCGGGCGUUCCAUCGACCCACUCAAGGAAGUCCUGGUGACGGUGGGCGGCUACGGCUCCUUGUUCAGCACCAUGCAGGCUCUGGUGGAGGACGGCGACGAGGUCAUCAUCAUAGAACCCUUCUUCGACUGCUACGUGCCCAUGGUGCUCAUGGCGGGGGGCAAACCUGUGCUGAUACCACUACGACCUAAAUCUGGCCAGAAGACCGCCUCCAGCGCCGACUGGUUCCUGGACCCUGAGGAGCUUGCCAGUAAAUUCAACUCCAAGACCAAGGCCAUCCUCAUCAACACCCCCCACAACCCCAUCGGGAAGGUUUUCACCAUGGAGGAGCUGCAGAUGAUCGCGGACUUGUGCGUCAAUCACGACACGCUCUGCUUCAGCGACGAGGUCUACGAGUGGAUGGUGUACCGUGGACACCAGCACCACAAAAUUGCGACUCUGCCCGGAAUGUGGGAGCGAACCAUCACCAUCGGCAGUGCGGGGAAGACUUUCAGCAUCACCGGAUGGAAGCUCGGUUGGUCCAUCGGACCUGAGCACCUGAUCCGCCAUCUUCAGACCGUCAUGCAGAACACGCUGUACACCUGCCCGACACCACUACAGGAGGCCGUGGCGCAAAGUUUACUCCUGAACUACGAGCUGAUGGGUCAGCCCGAGUGCUACUUCACGUCGCUGGCCGAGGAGCUAGAGGGGAAGAGGGACCGCCUGGCGGCCAUCCUGCGGGACGUCGGACUGUCGCCCGUCGUCCCUGAGGGAGGUUACUUCAUGCUGGCUGACGUCACAGCGCUAAAUCAGAACCUCUCACACAUGGGAAGCGACGAAGCCUACGACUACAAGUUUGUCAAGUGGAUGAUUAAAGAAAAGAAACUGGCGGCCAUUCCUGUCACGGCGUUUGUAGGGGAGGAAUCCACCAAGGCUUUUGAGAAAUAUAUCCGUCUUUGCUUCAUCAAGCGAGACGAAACUCUGGACGCGGCAGAGCUCAUCCUCAAGAAGUGGAAGUCGUCGGGAAGCAGCGGCUGAAGAGUUGUUGUUUUUUUUCAACCCCCACAUAGGAGGUAAAACAUCAAACAUCAUUUUGUAUCUCUAUUGGAAACCACUGGAGUGCCUCAAGGGUUGAUACGUUGCCCCAUCCCGUUUCAGACCUCUAUUGCUUCCCUUUGGCCAAGGAGUAAUAAUAAUGACUCCUGCUAUUUUCACAUUCCCCAAAACGCUUGUGUACAGUCACCACAUUUGAAUGAAUUUGAACAUUGUGGAAAAUUCUGGAGUUAUAUUCAAAAGGUGAAACUCAGAGGUUAUAUGGAUUCAUGACACCCAGAGUGAUAUUUCUCGCUUUAUUUAUUCUAAUUUGGAUGUUUUUAGUAAUUGAACGACUGAAAUAAAUGUAUUCUCCAAUUUCAAGUGUAUUGAGAUGCACUUGUCAUUUUUCAAAUGGUUCAGUAUGACUAUAUAUUACAUUUUACAUAUUGUCCAGUAUAAAGUCUGCUGUGUCCCAACAACAUUUGAAUAAAACAUUCAAUCACA